CAAUCGGCGAAGGCGGAGAUGAUCAGUCUCUCCCCUGAUAUUUACUGAUUUUGUUAAAAUCUUCGAUUACCACAAUGAAUAUAAGGUUAUUCUUGAUAUUUGUGGUAAUGAUGUGCGCCAUGCACCAAGGGCCUACUGUAUAUCGGGGCCUUACGUGCGUGGAGCCCGAGCCAGGAUAUGCCAAAAGAUUGUUUUAUUAUUUCACCGCAAGUGAAAUUGAGAAAGUCUGUCCAACGGUUACCGCUCUGACAAGGCGAUUUGGAAAUGAGGUAUUCUAUAAUCUGCUGUGUGUGCUUCUUACCCUGCUGUUGGGAUAUGCGUCUUUGGUCGGAAAAGUCGUCAAAGAGAAAUGGUCAGCCGCCGUGUCAAUGUUCCAGAAAUGGAGAGCUCGUCCUUCCCUCUGUCGUCACUGCGGUACUGCCCCGUGUCAGGUCAAAAGGAGAUCCUUGUGGAAGCCCUCGGGUACUCGAAAGAAAGACAAGGCGAAUUUCGCAAAGAGAUCCAACGCCAUGAUGUUGUUUUACUAUGGACUAGAGUUGUCCGUAGUACUGACCAAAGAGCUGCCAUGGAAUGACCUGUACUUGCAGAGGAAGUUGGUCCAGCAUUUUGAGGAGAAGCAUAUGGUAUUGUUCCCAGUAUGCAUCCAGCGUCAGAUAAACUACUGGUACCCUGUCCCUGGUUAGAAUGUGGAUGACAGUCGGUGAUGGAAUCGAAGUUUUGUGAUUGACGUACCAGUCUCGUUUUGAUUGUCUUAGUUUUGUUGGGGUCACGAUCCGAUCCGAUCCGAUCGGAAUGGUGUUUGGCCAAUGUUACAUAUAUUGUACCUUAUAUUUGUUAAAUUAAAUUGUAACUCUGUGGAUCUCAGCCUAUAGUGGUCUCAUGAAGAACUGAACCUAUAUCUGAUGAAUUGGCCAUUUAGAAUUUAGCUAGUGUUGACCAGCAGUGGUCCAAUUUGUAAAUGUCGAUGGUGUUGAAUUGUUUGAUUGGUCAGUUGCUAAUUAGACGGAAUGUAGCUUUGGUCAGUUU